AGGAAGGAGCGUUUUAGCCUCUCUCUCUCUCUCGCUCACUCACUCACUCUGAGUGCUGCUAUAAUACCUUUCAGUUUCGCCUUUAAAAAAACCCAUCAUCGACCGGGUUCCGUCAUCUCCGAUCACAUUUGGUAGAAGACUUCACCCUUGCCUGGUGUUGGCUGGCGCUCAGAAUCGAAAGGAGAAUUUACAGACGAUUGUAAAAGACAAAUAACCGAGUGCGCUUUUCACUGACAGCAGCAGCACAACAAUGGCACUGAAGAGAAUUCAUAAGGAGCUGCACGAUUUGGGCCGUGAUCCCCCUGCCCAGUGCUCAGCAGGACCAGUAGGGGAUGACAUGUUUCACUGGCAGGCCACAAUAAUGGGACCAAAUGACAGUCCUUAUCAGGGUGGCGUGUUCUUUUUGACCAUUCACUUCCCCACAGAUUACCCCUUCAAACCGCCAAAGGUUGCAUUUACCACAAGAAUUUACCACCCAAAUAUCAACAGCAAUGGCAGCAUCUGUCUGGAUAUUCUCCGGUCUCAGUGGUCCCCUGCGCUCACCAUUUCCAAAGUCCUGUUGUCUAUCUGCUCUCUGCUGUGUGACCCCAAUCCGGACGACCCCUUAGUACCCGAGAUUGCCCGCAUCUACAAGACUGACAGGGAAAAGUACAACAGAAUAGCUCGGGAAUGGACACAAAAGUAUGCAAUGUAGUUUUGGAGUUGUAAUCAUGGCGGGAAACAAAAAAAAAAAAUUUAAAAAAAUUACACCUCUCCGUCUUAAGGUUAGGGGGAGAUUUGAAAGUUUAAGAGAUAGAAAGAAAAAAAAAAAAGAUUAAGAAAAAAUCUUGUUGGUUUCCAUUGGAGUGCUUUCUUUAAGCCACACCAGAGCACCUGCCCCAUUCCCCUCCAUCUACCCCACCCCCUCAUAGCCAUGGUGUACAUACUUUCAGACUUUCAGUCCAACUCCAGCUUAAUCCCACCAUCACGGUCAUCUUCCUGAACACCCUGCACUCAGCAUCUUUGCUUUAGCGUCUCCAUUGCUGUGGUGACUUGCCUGCUGCUUAGGGUCAGCCAGAUUCCCUUUUUUUAUUUUUAAAAAAAAAAAUUUUUUUUGCAGUCAAAAAAUGUCCACAGCUCCGGGGAGGGGAGAAAAAAAAAACCAUUCCUUGUUUUUAAACACUGGGGAGGGAGGGCCAUACUCAUUUCUAUUUUGUGUUGUAGUGGAGAUUUACUCUUUAUUUUUCCUCUCAUUUAUUUUUAUUUCCUGGGUUUCAAACUGUAUAUUGAUCAGGAAAGUUUUUUUUUUUCUUCCUCCCCCUAUGUGGCAGGGGAGGGGAGGGGUAUAUGCUGGUGAUCUUUUUUUGUAUAAAAAUCUAUAAGGAGUUCAUUUAGAAUCAUAGCAGCUUAUUAAUGGAACAAUGUCAGAUCGUUUGGGUCCUCUCUUGUGAAUCAUUGUAAUGGACUUGAAUAUUAUGAAUAUAUAUUUUUUUUUUGUUUUGUUUUCUUCUCCAUUUGCCAUAACCAAGACUGUCUCUACCCCUUCCCUCAGCCACGAGCAACUACUCAUUCAUUCACACCUAUGGAGGAUUUUGGACCGGUUUAUCAAAAAAAAAAAAAAAAAAAAACAGUCUUAGAUAAGCAGGUGUUUAGGUUUUUUUUUUUUUUUUUUUUUUUUCCUCUACCACCCUCUUGUAACUCUUAGUUCCACUUUUAGCUGCAUUAUUUCCCCCCUUGCUCUUGAUGAAUUAGAUGCUAACAUGGCUGAGACAGACUUGAUUGGGUCCCUGGGUGAGAGGACACAAACUCCUCACAGACAAACUUCUGUAUAUUUAAUUUCCUGACAGGCUCUUUGAGCUUUGUGUGUUGAUUAAAACUGUGUAAUAAAAUGAUUACUAAAGUCUGA